AUGGAAUUGACAUUCUCAUUGAGAAGAAAGGAGAUAGUUGAAGAAGAACCUCUUGUAGCUGAUAUCCUAAAACAAUGGCCAGCAUUGUUUUUGGUAGAUCAAAUAUGUGCUGAGUUUUACAGAAUCACACAAAUAAACCUGAAGAGUGCAUUUUUCUCUCCUCUGGAUGAAUAUGCACCACGGUUGAUCAAGUUGUAUAGGGUACGCGGUGGAGCACAUGAAAAUGAUUUGAAGACCCUCCUGGACCAACUUCAUCAUCAGACCUCCGAUGUUCUUGCUCACAGAAAGGCUACAGCUCUCAAAGGUCUACCUUUGUUUAUGAGGGAAAAGCCUGAACAUUUCCUGAAGACUUGCCUGGACACAGAGCCAGAAGAAAACCAUACAAAAGGGAUGAAGAUGGGGAUCUUAACCAUCAUUAAAGAUGACGUUGCGACCAUCCACUCAAACCCAAAUCUAAGGUGCCUGUCUCUGGUUCUAGAGGACCAUAUCGUGCUGGAUAAUGUGCAAGACCUUCCCACUGCUAUGGCUCUUCUCUUUGGCUUGAUUUAUGCCUUGAACAUGAACUGUCCUAAAGAACUUAAAUACACCUUUGAAGUGAUUCAAAAGGUGUUUAUUGGUCUUGACCCCCAGUGCUCAGCAAGAGUCCAGUCCUUCAAAAACAAACUUUUAAUGUCUAAAUAGCUGGGUACGUUAAGCGUACGGCAAGAACCAUGCUCUUCUUGUUGUUCCAGCCGAUGUUUAAAAGUUAAACAAAUCGGUCAAAAAUCUUUUCAUAUAAUGAACCUUAAAUAUUCUUACAGUUGUAUAACUGGAUUGCUCAAACACAUUUGUUCAAAUGUUUUGAAUUCUAGAUCUUGUUCAUAUUACGAAGCCUUUUAAGACUGUCCCUCGUGACCUUGUUACUCUAGCACUUUAAAAUAAGUUGUGAUGUAAUAGCACGGAUAAGAAUACAGAGAAGGGCAAGCACUUAAUUUUUCCUAAGUUAAAACAUAUGUCGAAAGAGGAAAUAUUUUCAGUUUUAUGUUAUGUAUUUUAAAUACUCAUUUUACAGUUGUGGAACUGGAUUACUCAAACAUAUUGCAAUUUGUAGAAUUCUGAAGUCUUCAUUGAUACAGCACUUUAAAACUGUUGCUCUUGC